AUGUUCCAUUAAUCGUAAUCUCUGAAUAAUCUGAGAAAGGAUUAUCGUCUUAAACCAUUAUAGAUAGCUGGACGAUAUCCUGAAAGUGCUGACUUUAACAAUAAAUCAAAGUUCUUCUUACCACAGAUCAGAAUGAUCGAGUAGAGUAGUGUGUUUACAGAGAAAUAGAAAUAGCUGCGACUACCUUAGUUAUAAAAUCAUUUGGCAGCAAGUGAUUAGCUCUAACGUAAGAAGAUUGAGAUAAGAAAGUCCAUAACACCAAAAUAUCAGAGGAGAUAAACAGCAAUUUAUGCAAUGAGAACCAAGGCAGGAUGUCAAAUUAACAAGGCAACAAAAAUCAAUUAGGAUUCUGCCAUAAUUUGCCCUAAAGUUCUUGAGAAUAUUGGUUAUAAGUUGUUUGCAGUUUCAGAUGGACACGGUCUGAAUGGCCAUCAUGUGUCUAAUUUUAUUAAAUAAACUCUCCCUAAACAUUUGCACAAGUAUUUGGGAGAUAAUCAAGGCGAAACUAAAUUGCAAAUAGCCAGAGCGUUUACAAUUACAAAUAGAGAAAUAUGGAACUCAGAUACAGACACAAAUCUUUCUGGUUCUACAACUGCAUCAGUUCUAAUCACAAAAGAUAUUAUCUACACAGCAAACGUUGGUGAUUCAAGAGCAAUUCUAUGUAAGUUCGAUUAAGUUUGGUAAAUCGUACCAUUAACAAGAGAUCAUAAGCCUGAUGAUCCUGAGGAAAUAAAGAAUAUUAUAGAUGCUGGAGGUAGAGUUGAAUAGUAGAGAGAUUAUCACGGGAAUCCCAUAGGACCUUUCAGAGUUUGGCUGCAAUACAUACAAGCCCCGGGUUUAGCAAUGUCGAGAUCCUUUGGAGAUAAGGUGGGAGCUUAGGCAGGUGUAACAGCCAUUCCAGAAAUAAAGGAGUUUGCUUUGACUAAUCAUGACCAAUUUAUCAUUGUGGCUUCUGAUGGAGUUUGGGAAUACAUGAGCAAUGAAGAGGUGAUGAGUUUAGUGAUCCCAUACUUUGAGAAGGAUAAUCCGGAACAUGCUGCGGAGAAAGUUGUGAGUGAAGCUAUCUAAGCAUGGAGAAGACAAGAGACGAUAUAACUUGCAUUAUAAUCUUUCUAUGACCAGAAUAAACAACAGAUAUAAUGA